AUGGCGAUUGUGACCGGAGAUUGGUACCUCGAGAAGUUGGUGCACUUCGUGGAGGACCAGGUGGGACCUCUGAUCGAAGGAGCCUUGGUGUUGAAGCUGAAUCCGGCGGGUCUUCACUACGUGCAAUCGAGGCUGGAGGCGCUGCACGAGUUGGAAAGCCUCCUUUCCGGCGCCCCGGUGGACUACCUCCGAGCAAACAAUGAAUGCCCUUCUUGUCGUACACAUUGUUCAAGUCGUCGGUCUCUAAGGGAAGACCCCAAUUUCGAUGCCUUGAUUGCCCUCCUGUAUCCUAAUAUUGAUGAGUACGAGGAGGAGGAACUGGCAUUAUCAGAUGACGAAGUUGAGAGUCUGCAGAGGAUGCAAAAAUCUUAUAGCAAGACUUUUAAACGACAAAGAGCUGCACUAGGAAAGAAGCAUUCUGCUUCAACUUAUAUCAAGAGGUCAAAAGUAAAGUACUUAAGAAGUUCAAAUCUAAGGAGAAGACGAAAUUUCAAAAAUGCAAUUGAAAACCCUGAAUCUAGUAGGAAUAGGGGAGGGGCCUUAUCUCCUAAUUUAGAAGAGAAAGAAGUAGAAGUCAUGAGUGACACCAGUGAGGCAGAGGCAGAAGAACAAAGUAAUACGUGUGGGGAGGCACAAAGUCCUCCUCAUGAUGUCACUAAUGAAGUGGCAAUCGCAAAUAGAAGUGGUGGAAUUGUCUCUGAACUACUAUCAAUUAAUGAUAUCCAUAGUUCCUCCAAUGCACUUGUGUGGGGGAGAAAUGGUCAACGAAACACCCGUAACACUGCCAAAAAUGUUGCUGCUUUUAGAAACAAACGCCUUUCUAGACUAAUAGACCAUCUUCGAAGCUCGGGACAAGAUGAUGAUGAGCUGGUUAUCUUUAUCAAACUUGUCUCUUUUGAGGAGAAAAGAGUACCGAAUUUGCCAAGGCCAUACCUUAGUUGCAGACCUACAUUACUAGUCAAGAAACUUUGUCAGUAUGUUGCCAUGGAAACCUCCCUACAAACUGAAGAAAUUGAAUUGUACUUGGUAAAUGAGUGUCAACUUGACAUUGUGAGUGGCGAUGGCAAUUUAGAUCCUGUCAACGAUAAGUUUCAACUUCUAGCAAGAGAGGAAGAAACUUUGUCUGAACUAAAAUAUAAUAAUAAUCUUAACUUUGGCCAUCUGGUUAUAGCUUAUAAGAGGAAGAUGUGGAACUUAAAUGAAAUGUUGUCUUGUGUUGAAUGA